UCCACGCAGAGUCUUCGCGCGCUUUUACCUCAGUGACUCCAGCUGGACCCGCGCAGUUCGGAAUAACAUGACUUGAAUCUGAAGACUACCCUGACAAACAAACAAAUAAAUAAAAAUAAAAUAAAAUAAAAGUCUUGGGGAAAGAGCCCAGCGUAUGUCUUUAAGAGCAACUAUGGGGGGAGUGUCUGAUUCGACUCAUCUCUGGACAGACUAGCCGAAGAGCAGCUGGACCCGAUCCCGAACUGUCCUGUUUUUUUCCUGGAGCUAUUUUAACGCUGCCUGGGAAUAUAGUGCUACUUGGAUAAAAGCGUACAUUGUGCAUUUGGAGAAAAAUAAUGAUGGUGUUGGGGAUGAUGGACGCGCUGAGUCUCCACGCGCUCGCGCUCUUCUGCGCGCUACGCACCACGCUGGCAGCCAAUAACUAUCACUGCAAUGGGCCGCUGGUCUCUGCUCUUCCUCCUACAUCAUUCAAGAGCUCCUCAUCUUCCUCCGACAGUCAAUCUCCAUAUUUUGCAAAACUCAACAGAAGAGAUGGAGGUGGCGGCUGGGCUCCAGAGCGAACAGACAGGCUACGAUGGCUACAGGUGGACCUGCGAGAAAGGGUCGAGGUCACAGCUGUGGCGACCCAGGGUCGUUUCGGGAGUCCUGAUUGGGUUACGAGUUACAUGUUGCUGUACAGUGACACAGGGAGAGCUUGGAAGCAGUUCAGACAGGAGGACAACAUAGGGACGUUCCCUGGAAACACAAAUUCAGAUGGGGUUGUUCACCACAAGCUCUCGCACUCAAUACGAACACGAUUUCUGCGGUUCUUGCCGAUGGAUUGGAGUCCCGGAGGAUGGAUGGGCCUCAGAGUAGAGGUCUAUGGCUGUGCAUACAAGUCUGAUGUGGCAGACUUCAAUGGCAGGAGCUCUCUACUGUAUCGGUUUAACCAGAAAUCCACCAGCACGGUGAAAGACGUCAUUUCAUUGCGGUUUAAGAGCCAGCGAGCUGACGGGGUCCUUGUGCACGGAGAGGGACAAAGGGGUGAUUACAUAACGCUAGAGCUGCACAAGGGCCGGCUUGCCCUGCAUAUCAAUCUGGGCUUCUUUCACUUUGUGGAGAUGUGUGGUUCUCUCUGUUCUUUUAUCAUCGCGACGGCUCUACAGCUGGAGACGUUCCCUGGAAACACAAAUUCAGAUGGGGUUGUUCACCACAAGCUCUCGCACUCAAUACGAACACGAUUUCUGCGGUUCUUGCCGAUGGAUUGGAGUCCCGGAGGAUGGAUGGGCCUCAGAGUAGAGGUCUAUGGCUGUGCAUACAAGUCUGAUGUGGCAGACUUCAAUGGCAGGAGCUCUCUACUGUAUCGGUUUAACCAGAAAUCCACCAGCACGGUGAAAGACGUCAUUUCAUUGCGGUUUAAGAGCCAGCGAGCUGACGGGGUCCUUGUGCACGGAGAGGGACAAAGGGGUGAUUACAUAACGCUAGAGCUGCACAAGGGCCGGCUUGCCCUGCAUAUCAAUCUGGACGAUGCUAAGACGCACCCGAGCAGUGGUCACGUGUCAGUGUUUCUGGGCGGUCUUUUGGAUGACCAGCACUGGCACUCCGUACUGAUCGAGCGAUUUAACAAACAGAUCAACUUCACUGUGGACAGACUGACCAAACACGUCAGGACGGGUGGACUGGACGAUUCACUAGAGGUCGAUUAUGAGCUCAGCUUCGGCGGCAUCCCUCUUCCUGGAAAACCAGGCACGUUCCUGCGCAAAAACUUCCACGGUUGCAUGGAGAACCUUUACUACAAUGGCGUCAACAUCAUCGACCUGGCCAAACGCCGCAAACCGCAGAUCUACAGUGUGGUGAGCAUGGAGAAUGACACAGGAGUUUUGUCCUACAAAGAGCAUCUACCAGUGACUGAGAUCUUGGUCGGAGACACAAACCGAAGCGGUUCAGAAGCCAUUUACAGGAUCGGCUCUCUGCACUGCUAUGGGGACAGGUUUCUGUGGAACGCAGCUUCAUUCUAUCAGGAGUCGUCGUAUCUUCACUUCCCCACACUUCAAGCCGAGCUGAGUGUCGACAUCUCGCUGUAUUUCAAGACCACCGCUCCCUCAGGGGUCUUCCUGGAGAAUCUGGGCACUAAAGACUUCAUUAGACUGGAGCUCAGCGCGCCCUCUGUGGUGACCUUCACAUUUGACGUGGGCAACGGCCCGGUGGUUCUGACAGUAAAGUCUCACGUUCCUCUGAAUGACAAGCAGUGGCAUUACGUUCGAGCGGAGAGGAACGUGAGGGAGGCGUCGCUGCAGGUGGACCAGCUGCCUUUGCGCUUCCUGGAGGCGCCAUCCGAAGGCCACACCCACCUUCAGCUCAACAGCCAGCUGUUCAUUGGAGGCACAGCAUCGAGGCAGAGAGGAUUUUUAGGGUGCAUCAGGUCAUUAAAUAUCAACGGGAUGACGCUUGACCUUGAGGAACGGGCUAAAAUGACCCCUGGGGUCAGUUCGGGAUGUCCAGGUCAUUGCAGCAGCCAAAACAGCUUGUGUCGCAACAGGGGGAAGUGUAUCGAGAAGAGCAGCGGAUACGUUUGUGACUGCACACACUCUGCCUAUGGAGGACCUAACUGCAAAAAAGAGGUUUCCGUGUCAUUUGAAAGCGGGUCCUCGGUGACCUACACCUUCCAGGAGCCGUUCUCUGUGAUGCGCAACCACAGCCGUCAGUCCUCGGCGAUCUUCGCCCAAAGCAGCAAUUCACGAGAGAGCAUCGCUUUCAGUUUCGUCACGACUCAGACGCCUGCCAUGCUUCUGACCGUCAACACCUAUCAUCAGCAGUACAUGGCUAUUAUUCUGACUCACAAUGGGAGUUUGCAGAUUUGGUAUCGGCUGAACAGAGAGAAAGAUCCUGAUAUCUUUAUGCCAACUUCCCUUAAUUUGGCCAAUGGAGAGCUCCACAGGGUCCAGAUUCAUAGAGAGGGACGGGACAUGUAUGUCCAGAUUGAUAAAGAUACCAAUCUGAAAUACAGCCUGUCCACGGACAAAGAGUUGAUCACGAUAAGGUCUUUGACAUUGGGGAAAGUCACAGGUCGAGCUGGUGUUGAUGAAGAGGUUCUGCUGGCGGGAUCGAGAGGUUUCAUUGGCUGCCUGUCUUCGGUUCAGUUCAACCAUUUGGCUCCUCUCAAGGCGGCCAUAUUAAAUCGAGGAAGUUCGUUGGUCAACGUCCUUGGUAACCUGGUAGAGUCCAAUUGCGGGGAGCUUGCGGACAAGUCUUCAUCCAGAUCUUUGUCAGAUUCCGCAGAUACAGGAAGUAGAGGAAAGAAGCUUACAAAUGCUCAAAAUGACUCUGCAGUAAUUGGAGGUUUGAUAGCAGCAGUAGUGCUCAUUACCCUCUGCGCUGUGGCUGUGAUGACCCGUUUCCUCUACCGCCAUCGACACGACCGUACCCGGCAGAUGGCCCCCGUCAAGGAGAAAGAUCACCAACCCCGGCCAGAACUCAGAUACCGGGCCGAGCUGGACCUCCACAGUGCCAUGAGAGACAGCAGGAAAGAGUACUUCAUCUGACCUAUGGCAUAUAAACCUUGUGACCUCCACUGAGUCGCUGUGACCCUGCGCUGUGCGCCAACUCUGUGGACAGGGAUUGGGGACAGGAAGUCAGCUGAGCCUUGUGGACACAGCCAGUGCCCUUCAACCCACCCAACCACUGUCCUUUAGCAUCCAGGAUUCAGGGAACAGAAAGUACACACCACAGAAAUGUUGAAUUACGGCUGUAUGCAGAUGGAUUUUGACAGCCUGGGUUCAUAUCAGUUGUUCUUUGCUGCGGUUUUAGACAAAGAGUUAGAAGAUCAGGUGGCUUCAAAGCUCAGAAGCCGUACCCAAACAUGGCCUUCAGCCCUUCGCAGAGGAUGGAGACUCAAAUGUUUAAAGCGACUCUUUUGCUUUCAGGGCUAAUUAUUUAACCAGACAACAAAGAGAUUACAGAGUCGUUUGUGUGCUACACAUGCGAAUCACUCUGGCAGACAAACAAACACUCAACGGUUUCCAUUCUGUGGACCGUGACCAAUCAAACGGCUCUGGUGCGGUACUAAUCCAGCACGAAUGGUCUUGUUCAGCCAUGGGCGAGCACGAUGUAGUGAUGCAAAUAAAGUGGGUGAUGUUACCACUGGAGCUCUUUCACUUCCUCAUUCCUUUGCUCUGGUUCUCCUUCAUACAUUCAUCCCCUGUUUCCUUUCCCGAGGACCACCUGAAAAGUCAUUUGCAACGGAUUUAACGUAUCACUCAUGUGAAGAAAGGGAAGAGCAGGAAAAAUUCAUUGAUUGAAUCAUGAUUGGGUCAUGACAUAUGGGCAUUGCACUCUAGAAUGGAGGUUGGUUUUGGAGUAGAGGGAUUGAUUAUAAUAUCCGAAAAGGGGAUGGAUCAAGUUUAUUUUGGUAAAGAUUCAGAUUUUUGGUUUGGUUCCUUUUUUGAAUUUGGAAUAAUGUGCACUAGUAUUGUUCAAAAUCAGGGUUGAGGGGCUAUAAAAGAGCUUGUCCUUUAUUGGUAGUUGUAAUUGUUGUCUGGGGGAAUGGAUUCAUGUGGACUUUAUUGAACACAAAUCCUUGUAGUCCAAGUUGAUCUCUUAAUCUUCUUGGGCUGUUCUGCUACAUGGUCAAGACUAUACAUUUUGUGGUGCUAAAUGUUUAUUUAGCCAACUUGAAAGGGUGUUUUAGCAUAUAAUGGUCACAGAACUCUAAUUUUAAUUUCAUAAGGUCUUUAAGGAAAGUUAUUGAGUCAAUUGUGAUUUUAUGCUGUCUUAAAAUCUAAGACUUCCUCAUUCAGUGCAUCUGUUCCUGGUGCUGUCGCUUUGCCACAAGCUUUUACAGAUUUCCUGUUGGAAAUGCGUGUCUGAUGCAGGGUGUUUCAGGUCCUAAUGUGACCCCUGUACUCUGAUAGCCAAUAGCCUUGUGGCCAAAUCUGAGAUCAGUGAUCAGAACCAAAAAAGGAUGUUCUACUUGCAUAAAUCACAUUAAGUAGGUCUCAACCACAAAUGCGUACAUGCGUCUUAUACACUGACAAAAACAAGUUCUGCAAAAUAGCUUUUGUAUGCUUUCCUGAAAAAGAAGAUAAAGCAUCCUCAAAACAACGUUAAGGACAAGAAAAAAAAUAGACCUUGAAUAUAGUCGUUUUAAUACCCUAUUGAAUUUCA